GACAAGCUAUUUCUCACGGGAUUCAGGGAAAAUCUCAAUGUCCAAGCGCACGCUUGGACCUUUCUUUAUCCGGACCGUGCUGCCGUCGUCUUCUGCCAUUAUCGCAGACUUGACAAGAGCCAUCCUGUGUUUGAUUCUGAACGAGGGCUCCACGGUCCAGGCACGACACGGGACUGGAAGCGGUCUUCUACUCUGCGCAAUCUAGUGGUGCGAGUAGGCCGGCUGGGACAUAUCUGCGCGCGUCCAUGUGCAUUGGUGCGAGGCCAGACACCGGCUGCCGUCUCUCACGCGCGAAUAGAUUUCCAGACACGAGCACGUUCUGGGUCAAGAGGUUGUCUGCCAGUAUUCGCAAUGCAGUCGGCGGACAAGGAUAGUCUUGGCCAUCAUCUGCGUCUAGACAACAAUUUUUCGCCUCAUUCAUCUCGCUAUCUAGGCGCUGGCGCUCUAACUUCGCCGUCGGGGCCGUCCGAUCCGUGUCGAUUGGAUUCCCCUUGCAGAGUACUUUGUAUUGAUUUCACGAGCAACCCGCUCAUGGCAUUCUAGAUAGGCUGCCGUUCACGAAAACUCGGCUGCUCCUGCCGUCGUCGUUGGGAUCAAUAAGUUCUGGAUUUGAUUCGUAUCGAGAAGACCCCCGCCUUUUGCGUGGUUCUCCAUCGACUCUGGUUGCAGUCGCGCCGUUCAGCCUACCAUCGAUUUCUUGGCUCUCCUUCGGUUGCUCUAUCUCUCAAGGAUGUUUGAUCUCCCAUCGUCUUGUCUUGCGGAAGGUGCGGCGGUCCGCCGUUCAUCGGUGGCCCGCAUGAAGUCUGGACCAUCGCUCUGACGUCGCAACGCCACCUUCCGUUCGUCUUGCCCAUCUUCCACAAGUCCGAUCGAAGAGGACAUGAGCCAAUACAUCGCUCCGGCUUGGACAUCCGCGGAGAUUUUCGUCAUCAAGAACUUUAAGGAGAGCGAGUCGCGCAGGAAGCUGCACCCAGAAAGAAUCCGAAGCACAAGAAGCUCCAUGACAAACGCAUCUCAGUAGAAGAGAGCGACGAUCAUAUCGCUAGGUCGAUCCACGAAGGACAUCACACAAUACGGCUCUCGAUCCUUUCUUUGCCCUGACAAGUGUCUUACUCAUCUUUUUCAGGAACCGCGACCGGUACAUUUUGUCUCCGGAUACUUGACAAUCUAAUCCGGUGGAUCUUCCGUCCACUUGGUGGGUCUAUCCCAGACAUGAGGUCAUUGUUACCCCGAAGUCCUGUGCCGUGUCUGGGUCAGCGCAGAUCACCAGGCACACCAAGGCGACUGGGGCUCCUCGUGUGGCGAAGAUUCUCUUGGAUGUGAUCGACUUUUCUUCACCUGCAAUAUGUCUUCUUUGCCAGGUUCCGCGGACGUUCCAAUGAACAACACCGGCCCGACCGGGAGACGUCUGAAUGAGAUGGCUUGCAGUCACUUCAGGUCGCAGUUCGUCUGUGCCCUCAUCGUCC